AUGGCUAAUUACCGGUACUGGGACAGGGAAAGCCAGCCCAGCGCAGAGAGCUGGAGAAAAAGAAAGUGGGGAGGAGGAGGAGGAGGAGGAGCCGCAGAGGCGGGAAAGGAGGCGGAGCUGAUCCUGCGGCCGCCGCCGGGUAAAAGGAGGCGGGGACCGGGGGAGGGGACUGCGGCCGCCGGGAAGGAGGGAGCUGCUCGGGGGGAGCAGUUGCAGGCCGUGGUCUGCGGCCGCCACCCCACCGUCACCCUGGCGCUGCGUUGCUUGGACGGCGUGUUCCUCUCCCCCACGGAGAAUGACUUCGUCAACAAGAUCCUGGAAGAACUGGACCACUUUCUGCUUCAGAACCAGCUGGAGAAAGUGCUCUUGUUUCCUCCCUUGUCCAGUCGCCUCAGGUAUCUGAUCCACAGGACUGUGGACGAUGUCGACCUCCUGAGCAGCUUUUCUGUUGGGGAAGGAUGGAGAAGGAGGACCGUGGUCUGUCACUCGGCGAUAAGGCUGCCGGAUGACCCAGAUGAUCAAGACGGCUCCUGUGGCAAUGCCUCAAAGUCGAGUCACCCUCCCCACUCGAGAGGCAGAGGAUGCAGAUCCGGAGGAGGGUCACGUCGCAUGGAAGCUCAGGCCAACGGCGCUCAAACUCGCAGAGGAAAUGGCAGGGGCAGGAGACAGCCCCGGAGGAAGCCAGAUAGAGCUUUGUAUGUCCCCAGAGCGAUGCGCAAGAAGCCUGAGGGCUUGACAAAGGACAGCCCUGAACUAUUUGGAGCAGAGUCGCAUGGCUUUGGGUUGAAUGAAAACAGAAUGUCAAGCAUGGUCUGUGGCUGUGAAGGAGCUACAGAUACUGGUGCAUUUCCUGGCAAUGUUGGCCCUGAUGUGGAAUAUCCAGAAGCUCAAAACCCCAGGGAGAUGUAUACUAAUAAUCUGGAGUCUGGUAGUAAAAGUAGUGAAGACCCUAUGGGGUAUCUGGGUUCUCCUUCGUUGGAAGAUCUGUCAGAACAGGAAGGCCAAAAUAAAAUGAAGCAUAUCACCUUGGAACAGGAGAGUAGUCCAAACCUGGUCCUUUCAGAAAACCAGAGUACAGAUGGUGCAGAUACUGUGAUAUUAGAGAGUUUGGAAACAUCAACCUUGCUAGAAGAACCAAAGGCCAGGAAUUUUGAUGCAGCACUUCUCAAAGAAAGCGGACCACUGCCUUUAGUAGAAGACCAGAACAAAAGUGCUUCAGAUGGUAUCGCACUGGAAUUGAGCAAAAAUCUGACAUCCCUGGAGAACCAUGGAAAAGACCAUCAGGAUUCCAUUCUGUCAGAAAGCAGCGUGUCCCCGUCCCUACUUGAAGACCACGAGGAUCAGAUUACAGGUGAUAUCUUGUUGAAGCACACCAAUGAUCUUUUACUUCUGGAAAAUAAGAAUGAUUGUACAUGUGCCAGUGAAGUGGAGUGUAGCAAGGUACAACCCUUGUUGAAAGACAUCACUGUGGAUGCUGGCGCAUCUCAACAUGACCCAGAAAUGACAGCACAGGAGACCCAGGAUAAGAACUGUGUUGAUGUAUCCCUAUUGAAAUGUAGCCAAACUGAGCCUUGUGAAGUCACCCAAGAUCCAAGUACCACAUGUGCCUCUGUUUUGGGACAGGCAUCAGUUACGUCUCCUGUUCUGGAACACAGUAUAAAGUCAUUUGUCUUGGACCCUGAGGCCCUACCUUUUAUAAAUACAUCUGUAUCCUACAACGGCAAAAACAGUCUGUUACUUGAAGACCAGGAGAGACAUGGUGUAGACCUGGAGGGUAGCAAGCUGCCUGGGCUCGAACUGUCCGCAGGAGAUGGAAGUGUGGGAACCUCUGCAGUGGAUGAAAAGGACAGUGUCUUUGAAGAUGACUGUGGAGCUGAACUCCUUCAAGAGAUCAGAAAUUAUCUGACCAUAAAGGACAUAAGCAUUGAGAAAAUCCAGUUUGAUUGCACCAGCUAUGGGGAAGCACAGAUCAACGAGGGAGAGUUUGGACAUGUGUUGGAGAUCUAUGAUUUUUCGCCUUCGCUAAAGACUGAGCACCUUUUGGAGGCCUUUGCAGAGUUCCAAGAGAGUGGCUUUAAAGUGCAGUGGGUUGAUGACACUCAUGCCCUUGGCAUUUUCUCCAGUUUGGUGGCAGCAUCUCAAGCAAUGGAACAGAGUUACACAUCCUUAAAGAUACGCCCUCUAAUCCAUGCUACAAGACAGACAAAAAUCAAGGCACUUCAGCGGCCAAAGCUCCUCCAGCUGGCCAAAGAGAGGCCCCAGACCGACACAGCAGUGGCUAGAAGGCUGGUGACCAGGGCACUGGGAUUACUCCGCAAAACUCAGCGGUGCUCAGGCCAAGAAGUGCCAGAAUCAGAAAACGUCAACCUGCCAGAGUGAAGUGAAUCAUCCGAAGUGGUUUUGGGUGAUGGUUUUGGGUGUGCUAUUAAAGCUGUGUAGUCUGACGGUAGGCCUCGUCUGUGAUAUUAUUUUGUGUGUGGGGGGGUUGUUUUUGCAGUAGGGAGAUGGGGAUGAUGGUUGGUUGUGUUAGAAAUGGGGAAGGAACCAACUUGGCAAGCAUUUAAUGGUGGGAAGUCAGAUUUCCUUAUUGCUUUGGGGGAAGUGGGCCAACCUGUAAAGGGACCACAGGAGGGCACUGUAGGACAGUGAAAAGUCUGUCUUGUUGGGCAUCUAAAACAUUGCCCAAACAGCUUGUGUGCUGGUUGUUUUUUUUCAACUUGGCUGAUCACCUGUGCUUUGAAAAGUUAGCAGGUUCUGGAACAGGUGUUUUUCAUCCUGAGGUUGAUAGACAUUCCUUGCUCCGUUGUGCAUUCAGGGUGGGACGACAUUUCCUGCACCAUCUCCUGUCUUCAAAACCUGCCUGUUGCUGUUAUUCUUGCAAAGAGUGUGUGAUUUAAAUCAAGGGUUCCAAGUAUGUUUUGUGUUGGAAAUGCAGGUCUGGUCCCCUUACUGGGUGAAGAGCAGGGAGGAGAAAAACAGCAUACCAGAGAAAAAUGGAGUGCUAUCUGCAGUCCCCCCUCCCUCACCAUUUUCCACGGAUGCACAUUGGCUUUUUUCUUGCCGUGACCGCAACAUGCAGGGGAAGCUGCUUUAGCCUCCCAUCUCUGUGUUGUUUUUUGCAACAGCAGUCGUCCCAUGGAGCAUGUUGUUUACAACAGAGCUCAUAGCGGCUCCAUGGGUGGGCUUGCAGAUGUGAAGGCGGUCUUCCCUGCAUGCUGUGGUCACAAACAGAAAAGAGUCAAUGUGCGUCUGAGAGGCACAAAAUUCCCACUGCAUGUGUGAUACAAAGUCCUCACGUCCCUAACAAACACGAGGACUUUGUACAAAUAUGUUGUUGGAGCCUACAGUGAAAUUAGGAACCAAUGAUACGUAACGCAAUGACACAUUUGCAGGACUCGAUACCUUUACUGAAGUUUGUAAAGUUUUUUUGUUUUGUUUCAUUUUACAAUAAAGUUACUAUCACAAAGUCUGAUGAUCAGCUAUGGAUGUAGAGUGGUUUUUGGAAUCUUCUUUGCCUGGUGUGGUGUUUCAUUUUUUUCAUUUUACACUGCACUGCACAGAUAUACACUUUACUGAACUCUUGCACUGCUAUUUUGUUCAAGGGGCUAAAUUCCUUAUGGCCCCUGUGAAUUCCCAGUCUGGAAGUGGCAGGGCAGUCUGAUCCUUUUGACAGAAAUCAUUACUUAUUGAAGUAUGUGAUUGUGUGUGUGCGUGUGUAGGGGAGGCAAAUGUGCUUAAGUGGGUUUAUGAAUUGAACCUGGGGUCCCCCUAACCUUUUUAAGCCUUCAGGCACCUUUGGAAUUCUGAUACAGUGUGGUGGACGCAGCCACAAAAUGGCGGCUGCAGCUUAC